AUAUACUCGUCAAGACUCCAGUCCUGUUGUUGAGGCCGAGUCUGGUGUAAGAGCAGCUGAGACCGCACGCUACAACUCUCACGCCGUCUCUCCGUGACCCCGCGACUACUACAACUACAUCAUCAUCAUCACUUACACAAUCCAACAACAACAGCAACAGCAUCGUCAUCAUGCCUGCCAACGAUAGCCAAGACGUGUCCGUGCAGCACGCUGCCCAGCACGGGAAGACGCUCGGACUCGGCAAUGAACUGUCUGACAUGCUGAAGGUUGGGACCAAAGACUCCCACACAUUGGCCGAGAACACCCACUUCGUGAAGGAGUUCCUGCAGGGCCGGAUCCGCCGGGACCUCUUCGAGCACAUGACGGUGGCGCUGUACCACGUGUACACGGCGCUGGAGGAGGAGAUGGAGAGGAACAAGGGCCACGUCGCGUUCGCUCCGCUCCACUUCCCGCUCGAGCUCAGCCGCAAGGCUGCGCUCGAGAAGGACCUGCACUUCUUCUACGGCCCGCAGUGGCAGAAGAAGGCCGCCCGCUCCGACGCCGUCGACAGGUACGUGGAGCGCAUCCGGUGGAUCGGGGAGCACGAGCCGGAGCUGCUGGUGGCCCACGCCUACACGCGCUACAUGGGCGACCUCUCGGGCGGCCAGGUCCUCAAGAAGGUGGCGCAGCGUGCCCUGCACCUGCCCGCCAGCGGCGAGGGCCUCGAGUUCUACACCUUCGACAACGUCACCAACGCCGGCAAGUUCAAGCAGCUGUACCGCUCGCGCAUGAACAGCCUGGAGCUGGACGCCAAGACCAUGGGGCGCGUCGUGGAGGAGGCCAACAGAGCUUUCCGGAUGAACAUGGAGGUGUUUAAAGAGCUCGAUGCCAUCAGAGAGCUGACGCCAGAUGAGAAGAAGAGUGGCCCCUCCAAUGCAGCUCCACCACUUCUGAAUGGCAUGUGCUCCUUCCACAAGGAGGCCACCCAGGCCCCCGGCGUGUCGCUGCUGUCUCGCGGGAACGUAGUGGCUGCGAUCGCGUGCGCUGUCGCGGUCGCCGUCGUGUGCAUCCAGUUUCUGAUGUGAGACCCGCACGACGCUCGCAAUGAGGAUGGCUGCCUGGUGGUACGGGGGAGGGGGGGUGGGGGGGGGCGUGGGGAGGGGUGGGGACUGAAUCGACGGCGCAGGGAAACACGGUCAUGAAAAUUUGAUAGCAAGAAAUUUGGAAGAUCAUUUACGGCCGCUUUGUCAUGUCCGCUGCUGGAUAAAGGCUUUCCCGAGCUGUGUGGGGGGAUGUUUGACCAUACUUCACCGCAUUGAUCAGUGUGGGUUGAGUGAGUGAAGGAUUUGCCGGAGAGGCGUGAGGUGCUGAGCGGCGGCGAAAACGGUUCAGAUAUCACUCGCAUCACUCGCCAAACUGAUGUAAGCAGUGGCCUGGAAUCGAACUCAGGUACCGGGGGUUGAUAUCACUGAUAAGAGUUAUGGUUUCCCAUCGUAAAACUUGAGAAAUAAAAUCAGCAUAUUAACUUUUAAGUAUUUAGUAUGUCACAAAAAGCAUUGUGCAAUAUGCCACAUUUUGUAAUGGCAAUUAAUCCGUACAUUUCAGAAGAGGUGCGGAAAAUACCUCCGGCUUCUGUGUUUCUUCUUUAGACUCCGUGACGGAGACUUUGAUAGGAUUUUAAGCACCUUUGAAAAAUAAGUAAAACAAAUUUAAGACAUUUUUUUAAUCGCAUCACGUUACUUUAUGUGCUGAAUAAAAAAUACUGACCAACCUUUCUUAAUACCUCAAUCAUACUAUUUUUGAUCUCAGAAUACAAGCAGUCGAAUUUUUGGUGAAAAUUGUGAAAAUUGCCUACAUAUCCCUUUAACUUAAGAUUUUAAAGUAUCAAUAUUUACUCUAAAAUGCAACGCCAUACUGAAAAACAGAAAGUGUUUUAAAUUAUUUGCAGUGACUGUCAACACUGGUUUGUAAUUUUUUUUUUAUUAUAAACCAUAGGUGUUUUAUAAUAGAGACAAAUAAUAGUCUGGCAUCUUACUUGACUAUACUAGACCCGGUCCAUACUGGACAUCUGUGAAAAAGAGCUUCAUAGCUCAUCGGAUUCCUCCAGUCGAAAUGCAAACCGACAUAGAGCAGUGAGGCCCCAACCUGUGAUCUGUGAACAACUGCUCAUGCCCACCAUAGUCUGGCAGUAGGUAGCGGAAACAUUUGCGGAUACGAUGUUUUUUUGACGAAACAUUCACCAUGGAAAACAUUCUUUCCAGGGUUGACUCUUGUCUUCGGGUCCAGAAAACGUUUGGGAAUGACUUUUGAUAGAGAAAGACGCAAGUGUAAGUUACUGACAACUGCGAUGUGACAUUUGAUAUUAUUCGAGUCUCCGUGAGUCGGCGGACGAGAUGAACACUGUUUUGGCCCUACCUGUAUUAAUGUGCACGCGACAGGAAAUGGUCAAUCGAUUAAUCGUGCCGGAUUAUUUCGUUCAAGCAUCCCGAACACAACGUAUACACGGCAGUAGCCUUUGACAUAAACUCUCAUGGACUCCCUUCCACUUUAGUUACUCGAGGUGCCCAAAGAAUAGCAACAACCAGACACCAUCGUUCAAGCAAGCCACUACUUGUGCAAAUUAUUGUUAGCUGUUAUAUUACUGUACUAUUUUACCAAUAGGUGCAAUGCCUCUGUGUUACAGACACUAAAGGCCGAACUCUUGUGUUGGCAGGAAGCAUUCUAACAAAUUUAUUGGAUGAAAAUAGAGAGUAUUUAGAAAAUAACAUUGCAUUGAGUACCUCUGAAUCAGGCAUAGUUUUUGGAAAUCCACUGCUGGAUGAAAGCCUCCCAACACCACAUAGUUUAUGGGGUUUCUUUGGC